ACGAAUGCUGGAAGAAAAACAAAACAUUUCCAUGGAUUAAAGAUUAUAUUCAUUUCCUAAUAUAUUUUCAGCAAAGCCCUUUAGGACUUAUCAAGAUAUAAGAAUGAGCGAGUGAAUUUCCUUAAAUGUGAUACAGGGAAGUGGUACUAACAUGGCAAAGCCUUUCUUAUUUUCCAGUAUACCUUAGGGCGUUAACAGUUGCAGAUCCCGUUAUUCGUGUCCGGGAUAUUUGAAUUGUCAGUUUAUUAUAAUUACCUACGCACUGAGGGGAAACCCAGCACACUAAUAGGUGUUUGUUCACCUGGCUCUUACUGUGAACCCAGGACUUAGUUCAGCCGCGCGAUCAAAACUAAUUACACGGGAAAGUUUCGCUUGCGACCGACUGCUGCUACCACGCGGACGGCAUACCAAGCUUCCGCCCCUGACCACCACGGGGUCAUAUUUUCAUGCAUUUAAACUAAUCGGCUACGAAUCUAGAAAUAAACUAUGGUGCUGUCUUGUCUGUUAUGGCGACCCCAGAAGACCUUGAGUUCGAAGAUUUUCAGGACGUUUCAGACCUGCUGACUGUUUCUCUUGAUGCCCCUGACCUCAGCGUUUCCAGUUGUAAUACUGGACACACUGAGGAGGGGGGCGUGGCUUUUGCACUGGACCUAUCAGAAGACGAUGACCAGGAGGAGAAGUCAAAGCUCCUGGGAGAAGAGAAUGAACGUGGCAGCAUGUGGACCUUUGAGUACUGCCAGUCUUUCUUCAAUGUGGAUACAGUACAGGUCCUGGACCGCAUCAGAGGGUCUCUGAUACCUCUGCCAGGACGGAACUUUGUCAGACACCAUCUCCAUAGCAACCCUGAUUUGUAUGGACCCCUGUGGAUUUGUGUGACGCUGGCGUUCUCUCUGUCCAUCGGCGGGAACCUCUCCACCUUCCUGACUCUUAAGGGUGACCCCAAGUACCACUACAGGCCGCAGUUCCAUACUGUGUCAGUAGCAGCGGUGUCAGUGUUCCUCUAUGCGCUGCUGGUGCCUGUGUGUGUGUGGGGGUUCCUGAAAUGGCGGCAGGGGAUGGAGAGGCACAUCCGAGGCUACUCGUACCUGGAGACCGUGUGCGUGUACGGCUACUCGCUGUUCAUCUACAUCCCCACCUCGGUGCUCUGGAUCAUCCCCAUCCCAUGGCUCCGUUGGGUUUCCAUCCUGGUUGCCGUGGCGAUAUCUGGCUCGGUGCUGGUCAUCACCUUCUGGCCUGUCGUUCGUGAUGACAGGAAGGUGGCCGUGGCAGUCGCCGUGGCAGCCAUCGUCCUGCUGCAUGCUCUACUGGCCAUUGGCUGUGAGCUCUACUUCUUUCAGACGGCUGUGCCCACAGUGGCUCCCACACCAAUGCCCCCUUCCUCCAACAACACAACCCCGCUGACCGUCACCUCCACCACCAAGAGAACCUGACAGACGGACGGAGAGAGGACAGGAGGAACGCACGGAGAGAUGGACAGCGCAGCAGAAAGAAUGAGUUUUUAGAAGUCGGACUAAAAUUGCUUCUGCCAACGAGCUUUUUUUUAUUCUGGUCAACGCUCGAAAGCGCAGAAAAAAAAAAACUCGAAGGAAUAAAUGUUCGCUGUUGUGCAUUCCUGAUGAACGCGCAGUCUACAGAAGCCUCGGUCUCGGCAGGAUUACCUGGACCUGCUCCAUUACUGGGUCUUGGUGGCAUCCAUCUUGUUUGCCAUUGGUGGUUUGUUUUCCUAUUACCACCGUAUAACAUGUUAGAUGUAUAUUAAAUAUAAAAGUCGGGACGAUGGGA